UUUUUACGUAAAAAGGGGCGUAGUCAUUGACAGCCAUGUCCCGCGCCGGGUCCCGCACCGGGUAACGCCGGAUGACAAGCGGGUGUCCUACACGACAUUGACUUUAACCACUUCAUUCCACGAGGACUACAAGCAGCGCGUCGACGACGCGCCUCGCGAGCCUCCCCCCGUUGGACCGGAAUGUCGUGUUCGCUGCUUCCACGGAGACAUCCACGCAGAGAUGACGUCGAUGGAAUUGGUCCCAUUUAGCUAACAUUACUCUGAGCAAAUUUACAUUUCGCUAAAAAGAAGAAGGGGGGGGGGGAUUUCUUUCCGCUGUUUUGACUAACUGGACCGCGAUGCGAGAGGCGUUGCUGAGACACGUCCGUCGGUUCCCGUGGGCCAUCAACGUCACGCUGUACGGGGGGCUGUUCGCCGGGGGCGACGUCGUGCACCAGUGGUUCUCGCGGCGGCGGGAAAUGGACUGGAGGCAGACGCGGAACGUGGCCGUCGUCGCGUUCGGUUUCCAUGGAAACUUCAACUUCCUCUGGAUGCGGUUCCUGGAGCGCAGGUUCCCCGGGAACUCCCUGAGGAUGGUGAUGAGGAAGCUGCUCCUGGACCAGACAACGGCGGCCCCGCUGGCCACCAGCGUCUUCUACACGGGUGUCAGCUUCCUGGAGGGCAAAGAGGACAUCUUUGAAGACUGGAGGGAAAAAUUCCUAAAUACGUAUAAGACGGGGCUUAUGUUCUGGCCAUUUGUGCAGUUUGUGAACUUCGCCUUGGUGCCUCUGUAUGUGCGGACCACCUUCACCGGCUGCUGUGCCUUCGUCUGGGCCACUUUCCUCUGCUUCUCACGUCAGAGCGGCGACGGCACGGCCAGCGCCGCUCUGACGUGGAUGUUCCCUAAAGAAGGUGAAGCAAAAGACAAUGACAGGGCGGAUGCUUCCAAACCUGCUGACAACUGAAAGGAAUGAAAGCAGCAGGCGUCCCAUCCAGGCUGUCCAACCUGUCCUUCAUGUUGCACCGUCUCUCGCCAAGGUUUGAGUUAAACGUCUCACUGAAAGUCUCGGUGAAAUUAAAACGGUGCUUUGUGAAACGGCGCUAAAUAUAACAAAGCAGCAAAUCUCCUCAGAGGGAAAUGUUGCUGCAGUGGCAGCCAAUCUUAAUAAUAGGCUUAUACUUUUCCUUUUAUUAGAUUGGGCAGAUGUUUAAUCAUUUAAAUAUCAAUAUCUCAAAACGGUGUACUUUUACUGCAACAUACUGUUUCAUCUCCUAGGACGUUCUGCUUCUGUUCCAUUUUGAUUUCCCUUUACAAAAUAGUGUGGCAAUCAAUCACUUAUUCCUUUCAGUUUUUUCGUUGUUACUUGACGACGGUUGUCUCAGACAUCCAUUUACUUGAAUGUAGAAAUCCUGCCUGCCUGUUAUACUUGUGUUAAUGUUGUACUGUGGAGUAAACUCUGCUAUAUCUCUUUGCGUCAUUUCCACAUUUUUAAAUACUGUUUGCUAUUUCAUCAAUUCUUGGAUAUGAGAAAAUCUUUGUCUGAUCGCCUGCAGAGAUUCUUGAAAACUGGGAUGUAACGAAACAUCAGAUGCCACCGCCAGGCAGAUUUCUAUAGAGGUCAUUUUUAUAAAUAGCUCAGCACGAGAGCUAUUAGUUCUAGUGCAAAGAUAUCUCGUGUGCCUCAGGCCGAUCUUUACAAAGGGAAAAAAAACAUUUCAUUGACUUGUGUUUGUGCUUUAUGCAAAAUGUGUGAGAGAGUAGACGCUCUUUGAUUUGAAGUAUUUUGUCUGCCUCACAGAACUGAAUGAAUAAUGACAUUAAUAUCACAAUAAUCUUUUACGGUUUGUUUGUUCUUUGUAUGCUGACGUGCUAAACUGGAACAUCAUUGAAUAUUCCUUUGGUUCAGUUCAGAAACUGAAGAAUGAGUAAUAUUACUAAAUAAUUCAAAGAUGUGAAUUUUUACUGCAUUUCUGUAUCAAAUUUGAUAGUUUGGAUAUAACAAAGGUAUACUGGGGCUCUUGAUUGUAAUGUAUAAAACGUAUUUUAUCACAGAUAAGUAUUAUUUAUUGUUAAAUAAACAAAGAAAACAUC